GAGCACCAAGCCAAGCAUGCCGGCCUUCCAGCAGCAGACGAUCGUGGACUUCGUGACGGCAGAUAAUGCUUCGGCCACGCAGCAGCAGCUGCAGGCCGUGCACAACAGCCGCGGCUUCUGUGAGGAGGCCAGUGUGAAGGUCUUGGAGACGUACCUGGCCGAGCAGCUGCAGAGCAAGACCGUGGACAUCGACGCCAACUUGGCGCUGCUCAAGCUGUACCAGGUGUACCCGGCCACCACCAACGCCGAGAAUGUGGCCAAGGUGCUGGUGAAGGGCGUAAUGUCACUGCCCUCCACCUUCUUCACUGGUGCCUCUACUAUGGUCCCGGAGAGCGUUCACGAGGACGCCAAUGUGACGGCAGUGCUGCAUACCGGUUUUAUGCUUCAGUCAUGCCUCUUCGAGGAGUUUUGGAAGGAGAGUGUGGCUUUUGCUGAGAAGGUGCCGGGCUUCCUGGAGUCGGUACGCGCCUACAUUCUCACCGCUAUCAGCCGCAGCCACAGUGCGAUCUCCACGGAAGUCUUUAAGGCCAAACUUAAUGUGUCUGACAAGGAAGUGGCCGAGAUUGUCGCUGCCGAGAAGUGGACUGUUGCCGACAACCUAAUCCAGAUCAACCCCAACGAGGACAACCAGAUGCAGGCCAAGAAGGUCCAGGAGAACAUCGAGUUUGAGGACGUGCUUAAGGUUAUCCACACUCUUUCUAGAUAGAUUUGUUUAAAGCUGGUGGACAAUGGCGGUUGGGUGGACAGAACUAGCAAUUAGCGAAGGACAGGGGAGGCAGGACUCGAAUUGAGUAGGCGCACAUCGUGCUGCCAUUUUGCAUUUUA